UCGUCGCUCAACGAGCUUUUUCGCAGAGCGAUAUUCGAUUCGAUCGCGCGCCUCUGUAACACGUAUGAAACGUCAGUUGCAGUAUAAUAACGUCAGUGUGUUGACAUAGUGCAUGUGUUUUUUCUCGAUCAUAUCCGUCAUCGUAUGAUUAAUUUUGAAAAUCUUAUCAUAAAAUACUGCGUUGCUAAUUGAUCGAGCGCAAAAUACUAGUGCAGUUUUUGUGUACAAGUGAAAAGCUGAUUGCUAUAUGAAAAAUUAUAUUGAAAAGAAUUAAAAAAAAUGAGAAUUAUUACCGAGGAGAAAUAGUUUGCCUGAUUUAUAAAACUAGCUGUAGUGCUCUACUUUACGUGCGCAGUUGUAUGCAUGUGUGCUUACAAAUGCAAUAUAUUAUCUUCCGAGUGAAUAAUAAUAUCAGUUCAGUGCCUGGCUUAUAAGGAAAAUUGUUGACAGGCACAGCGAGGGAACACAUAAGCAGUAAUCAUCGUUCCGUCGAGGCGCAACAUCGCAGCUUGCGCAGUUAUUCAUUAUACCGAGCGUAGGAUCAAGAAGGAAUCAUAGAGAGAAGAUCUUAGAGAGCUUGAGAGAGACGACGACUGGUUAAAAAGGAACGCGAAUGUGCACUUUAGCUCGACGCACAUUUGGCCCCGGUUUUCCUCAUUUAAGAUAGUAGCAGCUGAAACGGCUAGGAGGCCGCGCCGCAUGUGGAAUGGCGGAUCUCGGGCAAUCGCUGCCAGCCGACAGAACGGCCGGCAAGACGGGCAGAAAGAAUGGCUCGGUGUCGGCGCUGUUGCUCGCGAGCUUACUACUGGUGCUGCGAGUUCCGGAGGCUCGGGCGGGCCUCUGCCCGUCGAUAUGCAAGUGCGAUGACGAUACGCUGAGCAGCAGCUGCGCCUACGCCGGCCUGGACAUCGUGCCGAUACAGCUGAAUCCGGGCCUGCGCCAGUUGGACCUGUCGGGUAAUCGCAUCAGCAGCCUGCACCGGACCUUCGACUUUUACGGCAAUCUGGCGAGUCUGGACCUGUCGAGCAACCUCGUGCACACCCUCGGCGCCAACAAUUUCCAGUCCAACGGCCACAUGGUCUCGCUGAAUUUGAGCAGCAACGCUCUCAGUACCCUGGCUAAAAAUGCCCUGCACGGCCUGAAGAUGCUGCGCGAACUCGACCUGUCCUCGAACAACAUAAGCGACCUCGAUCCGCAGGCCUUUCGCUACACGACCGAGCUCGAGCGUCUCGACCUGAGCGGCAACUCGCUCACGAGCCUGCCCGACGACCUGCUGAGGAAUCUGCACAAAAUUCGCGUGCUCGCGCUCAAGGGUAACUCCCUGCUGGAGGUGCCUUCGCCCAACCUGGCCCUCGCGCCCAGCCUCGAGUUUUUGGAUCUCUCGGAUAACCUGAUUCAGGAGUUGGGCGGCUCCGUGGCGGUGCCUUCGCUACCGGCCCUCGCCACGCUCAGCUUGGCCAACAACGUGCUGAGAAGCCUCGCCGACGACUCGUUCGAACGUCUGCCCGGCUUGAGGAGUCUCGACCUGUCGGGCAACAAUCUUACCUACGUGCCGACCGGGGCCCUGGCGCGGCUCGCUGUUCUCGACACUCUCCUGCUGACUCGCAACCCGCUGGGUGGGCUGCGCGAUCUGGCCUUCCGGAGUCUCUUCGAGCUACGCAGGCUCGAGCUCGAGGACUGCUCCAUCAACUUCGUGGAGGCGCGAGCUUUCGCGGACAACGUCAACCUCGAGAGGAUCUCCUUGGACGGAAAUCGGGAGCUGAACGAGCUGCCGGCUCGCGUGCUCUACGCCGCAGGCAAUCUCAGGUGGGUCUCUCUGCGACGCUGCAGCCUAGGCUCGCUUCAGCCGACGCAGUUCCCGGUAGACGGCCUACAGACUCUGCGCGUGGGCGGCAAUCCGCUCAUGUGCAACUGCUCGGUGCACUGGCUCUGGAACGUGCUGCGGGACGAGGAGCAGCGCCGCAACCUGUCGGACGGCGGCUCGCGGCUCGAGAUCGACAGCGCGGAGAUCAUCUGCGCCGACGAGGAGUUCGCCGGCAAGGCUCUGCUGAGGCUGCCCGAGGGCUCGCUGCGCUGCAGGCUCAGUCCGCUCUAUCUGGCGCUCUCGGUGGCCGGCUGUCUUCUGGCCACCAUCGGUAUACUCGCCCUCGUCGCCUACGUCACGAGGAUGAAGAGGCGAAAGCGCGUGCCCACCUACGCCGCGCCUACGCACCCCGAGCUCCUGGUCUACGUCGGCCGAGCCAACGACGGCCUGCCGGAGAAGCACCACGAGUCCUACAGCAGACGCUUGAUCGCGAGGACCGAGGAUCUCGUCUACGAGGCGGCUAAUCAAGACUACCAGCGGUCAGGAUCGUCGUCUGGACGCAAAUCGGGCAGCGAAUCGCCCGAUUCGAGAGAGACGAACGUGUACGAGACGCCGCGCUACUCCCGUCCAAGUCCGGCACCCCGUUCCAACGGCUUCAAUUCGUUCUACCAGCAGCAGAUUCAAGCGGGCGCGCCACCGCCACCGCCGCUGUCGACGAACCACCUGUCGUCGUCGUCGUCGCAGCACAGUCCGUACGCGACGGCCAACGAGAUGUUGUAUGGCGAGAAGCAGCAGCCCGCCUCGAUAGCGGUCGCGAACGGAAACUGCCUGCAGCCCCAGGAGGGCGUCUACGCGGUCGCCGACGUGACGAAUUACCACGAGGACCCGUCGACGCUCUACCGUAUGCAGCGUCAACAGCGCCAGCAGCAGCACAGGCAUCCGUACGAGUACAGCGAGUACGAGUACGAGCCACCGCUGCCUCCCAAGCCGCACGUAGUUUUCGUUUAGAACGACGCUCGGCCCACAUUUCUUCGGUAAAUCGACUCGAAACUUAUAAAUAUUAUAUAUAAAUUGUAUAUGUAUAGAGAAUAACAUGGACAAUGUUAGCCAAUCGUUUUUUAUAUCUUACCGCGAACGGAAAGCAUAACGCUCGGAAAGAGGAGAGAGCCGAGUACGAAUCUCGGACUGCAGACCUCGCCUUUUCGAAAGACGAUUAUGGGUCGGCUUGGCGCGCGUAACAUGCUCCGGCGAGAUUUCAUUCGAUUUGUGUUAGAGCCAUGUGACGCUGCGGAGGUGCACCUCGCGCGCGCUCGCUAAUACACGCACAGCUGCCCACUUGCGCACUUACUGCGAGUGCACCGUUAUCGGUUGCUCAUGCUGACACUGAGAGUAGCUCCCCGCACCCAAAUAAAAAGUUGACGCGCGUCGAGAUCUCUAUAUUUCCAGUUCAGACGCCAGCUUUUAAUUUACUUCGAUGUUUGUUAUUCAGCUCUAUAUCGUGUAGACGUUUUUUCCCAUCUUUUAUUCGAUGUUACGUACUAUCUCUAGAUAUUUAAUAUAGAUGUUUUUGACGAAUAAAGUUGUAACGAGAUUGAGACUGGAAGCCGAGAUGUGCGGAUUAAUCUAGACAGAGAGAGUUAUUAAUCCCACCGAUCGACCGAUCUGCUCUGUAAAUAAUAAUAUUGCGGGACAAUCUCUCGGUGCAGCUGAUGUCGACCGGUAUUACUUUGAACAUAAUUGUACAUAUUUUUGAAAAUAAAACACUUUUACUCGUCCAACCUCGACGAGAUAAGUACUUAUCACGACAACUAUUGAGAUUUGUAUAUUCUAACGAUUAUUAUAUAUAAAAUACAUAAAUUUAUAUUAAAUUUAAUGUUAAUCAUUCUUAUUAUUAAGUACUUUUUGUAAUAUGAAUGGUCUAAAGAUGAAUUGAAACUAGUGAAUAUUAUUUGUAUGGUAAAUAAUUUUAUCAAGUCUAAUAAAUUAUAUAUCUUUGGCUUUUUCUCAUGAAAUAUUUAAAUUUGUUUCUCUCACUUAUUGACGGUGUAAUCUGCGAACCUCAUUUUAUCCAGUCACUUUGUGCAUGUGAAUUUAUUUAUUUUCACGUUAGUGUAACUUUUUGAACAAAAUAAUUGUAAAAAUUUUCUCGA